AUGGUGCUUCUUACUUCGUCGACGGUCUCGGUCAUUAUAUCCACAGCUGUCAUUUGUACCUUUACUUUUCUGCUCUUCCUUUCGGGGUAUGUCCUGCAACAGCAGUCUGUCCGAAGCAUUCAGCAUGCCAUCCGACCGCCUCCUCCGCCACCACCCCCGGCGGCGGUCCCGGUGGGAGCAUACCAAGGGGCCGGGCAAGAGGUUUUCUCCGAUAGUGUCGCCGAUAAACAGCACGAGAGGGAUGAUGCUGGUUCCGCACAAGCAACAACGGGCAACUUUGCAUACCUCCAGCUGCUCUCCACCCCCGAUCCGUCGGACAUCUGCUCCGCCAUUCUCUUCUUUAAACACUUAGCGACCAAUGGUACUGCAGUUCAGGAUAGGCUGUUCAUGUAUCCGCGUGAGUGGGACCUGAUGCCCACUAAGGAGCUCACCGAACCGGUCGCCACGGCCCUUUCUUUGCUAAGAACGGCAAGCCUGGAGUACGGUAUCUGGCUUCUGCCCAUUGAUAUGACGGUAGCCACUUCUGAAGGCUACAAGCCUACCGAUACAAAGCUGCUGCGGCUGGGACAGAUCCAGUUUAUGCAAUAUGACAGUGUCCUCUAUGUGCAAACGCCUGGUUUGUUGCUCGACACGGCCAAAUUGGAUGCUAUGCUUCUCUCCCGACCGCUGCCAUUGCGACAUGACAAGAACAGAAUCGAGUCGUUCAACAAUGAAGCCUGGCUGCCUAUGCCCUUGAGAGCAGAGAGAGACUCGGCUCUGCCUCCCGUAUACCUGAUUACGGUGAACAGCGUGGAAAACGGCCACAUUGAAGCUCGUGGCCAUGUUCCAAACACAGAUAUUCCGGGAUUUAGUAAUCUGGUCACGGGGCCUGAUGGCGUAAUGUCGCCCAACGAAGAUGAGUCCAAUCCUGAUGAGCAACCAGGCUAUGUGUACUUUGAGCAGGACGACGAUGGUCAUGUCAAAUGGGCCCAUAAUCCGCUAUUCGGAUCUUGGCGGGUUGGGCAACAUGAGGUCUGCGAAGGUCUCGACCUUGAUGAUGCAGUCCACGAUGGAUAUGAUUUGUGA